AUGGGACGUGACGGGUUCCAUCCCUUCAAGGGUAGAGUUAGCAAGCACUUUGGGGAUUCGCUGGCUCCCGAUGAUGCCUAUCUAAGCUAUUACGAUAUCCGCCUGACAAAAGAGGACGUCGAUACGCUGAAGAAUGACUGGCUUACUGACAAUGUGAAUUCCCUCCGUAUUACUUCUGCAUUCAUUUCUGACUGUUUGACUCGCAGACAAUCGCAUUCUGGGAAGAGUACAUCCGUCCACCCCUCAGCUUGGCUGGUAGACACUGACGAGACCAGAUACCUCGAGCGCGAGGAACUGCGCAAAUACCCCUCCUCGAACAUAGUGCUCCUGCGCCCUUCCAUGGCCUUUAUGCUCAUGCAAACGCCCGAUCCUCUGACCCUCAAGGAUGCCCUGCCAAACUUCAGCCGCACAACGCACAUCUUCCUCCCCAUAAACGACGCCCGCAACGCCGCAGUUGCCGAAGGUGGCUCGCAUUGGUCUCUCCUCCUCGUAUCAGUCAUCGACGGCGUGGCUUUCCACUACGACUCCCUGUCCCCGUCGAACUACAAUGAGGCUAUGUUGGCCACGAACAAAAUUUCUCACUUGCUGGGACGCCCGUUGAGGUUCUUGAAUCUGGAAGAUAGCCCGCAGCAGGAGAAUAGCAGUGAUUGUGGGGUGUAUGUUUGCAUACAGAUGCGGCAUCUGCUGUUGAAGAGGCUGCUGAGUGUGAAUGCAAAGGAGAAGGUUAGUAUGAGUAUGGGGGGCAAGUUGGUGGAUGCGAGCGGCGGGAGGAAGGAAAUGUUGAAGACUAUUGAGGGGUUUAGGAAGGAGGGCGAACGGAGGAGAUCGAUCGAUGACUCGCGCUCUGCGUCUCCAUAUGGCAAAUACAAAGAUGCGAAGAGUCCGCCCCGGAUCGACUCGUGA